AACAAAACAGAUAACAGAACAGAGCAAUGUAAAGGGAUUAUGUGCGAGGAUGGAAAGAUGUGCCGCAUUGGUGAAAACAAGUCACCCGAGUGUUACUGUCCAACUGAUUGCAAUGACGAUCCCGAUCCUCACUGCUCUGUGUUUCUGGAGGAUUAUCACAACCUGUGCGAGGUUCAUCGCCACGCCUGUAGGAUGCAGAUCAACGUUGCUGUGAAGCACCGUGGAAGAUGUGAAGCGUAUGCAAAGGGCCAGCAGAUCUCAAAACUGGUCGACGAGUCCUUCGUUCCUAUCAAUGAAUGUAACGAGGAAGAAAUUCUACAGUUUGCAGAACGCUUCCUGGAAUGGGCAAUGAUAAAUAAAGAAAUUUAUGAAAGUGAUGAUCCACCAUCUCUAGAUGUUGAAGGUCUUGUCAACCAGACAAGGCUGCUUGGAUUUACGUCCUCAGAGAAAACAGAAAUAUUGACGUUCCAAUUUGAUGACAUCGAUUCAAACGGAGAUGGUUUUCUAGAUAAAGCUGAGGUUGAUGCUAUGAUGGCGCAUAUUCCACAUGAGGAAUGCCUGUUUGGGUUCAUGAUUUCGUCUGAUUUGGACGGGGAUCACAAGCUUAACAAAAAGGAAUGGUUUGACUCCUUCAAGUAUGUUGAAAAUGCAGUAGAAGAAGACGAUGAAAUAGACAGCUAACUUACAACAAGUAUUAAUUCGGUAACUAAUUGAUUACACUACCAACUAUCAAGCGCCGCUUCACAAUGCUUUUGUUCCUUGCAACUUGGACGUUACAGUGGCGAGGAAGAGUUCAGAAUGAUGACGACUAAUGACGGAAGAUGCCUGUACAUUUCACUCGACGGAGAUAUUUAGAGCAACAAAUUAAAUUAAAAUGGCGCGUUCUCUAGGUGUUUUGAAAGGUGAAAUGUCAAAGCAACUUUCACCCAAACAGUACGUUUGGACUAUGGGUGGAUAUCUAAACUGUUCAAAAUAAUAACUGUUUCAUUCAAUGUCUUAUAUACUUAAGUUAUGUUAUAUUUUAAAACUAAAUACAGUAACUACCAUUUCAAAGUAUUUCGCAACAUUAAUAGAAUUUGUGAUGCUUUUUCUUAUAGCUUGUAAGGACCAGUUAGUAUACUGUAAUCAUAUUUUGACUGCAUAUAAGUCAGGAUACCAGGCAGGUCAGCUAACUGGCCUAGGUGGAGUAACCUGCCUGUCCAUAUAAUCAUUUAUUUUAAUUCUGUCGCGUUUACGUGAUAGGUUAGGUAACCUAACGCAUGGGUGAUAUAAUAUUUAUAUCUCACAUGCAUGAUAUUAAUUGCUAUUUUGGACAGUAUGCUCGGCCAGAAAAUCCAGGAUAUUAAAUGUUGUUGUUGGUUAUGAAUUUUUGAAUAGCCAUUGCUUAUUUCAUACAAUCUUAAAAGUGAGUGUAAGGUAGCCCUUGUUAUUGAAUAGGAAAAUACCAACCCUCAAACUCCCUAGACUUGAUUCAUUAGAUAAUAGCUGGUAUGUUUGUUUUAUUGCGUACAAGAAGAAUUCUUAACUGUUAAUCAAGUGGGGGAGUUAGCAGGGUAGAGAGAGAGUUGAGGCUCCAGAGUUAAGAGGCAUCUCUCCCCCCUGACCACCUCUUAGGGAUUAUAGAGCUGAAUCAGGGGAUCAGUUGAUGGCUGAAAUCUUCAGGAAGCAACCAGUAUUUUUUACAAUAUUUCUUUUGGAAGCUUAUUCUAAAAAGAAGUGUUAGGUUUAAAUCUCAAAAAACACCAGGGCUGCCUCAAUUUAAAAACUGAAUUUUCUGUUUUAUGUCAAUAUGCCUGUGACACCUGGUUACACAGUUUCUUUGCUUUGUUCUGUUAAAUUCACUGCACUAUGCUGCAGCAAUUGAGUUGAUAUCACAAUAUGAUUUUAGGAGGAAUGUAAUAUGAAAAUCUUCCACAUGAGUAGAGGAAAGCCACUUGAAUAGAUUCAAUUUCAAAGGUACUCCUGGUGAUCACAAAUGUAGUAUCGGUAGUAAUUUUUAUGAACAAUUAUUGACUUAGAAUUUUCCUCCUAACCCUAAUUGAAUUGUAGGAAAAUAGUGAAGACAAUUUCAGUUUAGCCUUGCAAAUAUGUUUGUGCUAUUUAAGAACCACUUUAAAUGAAAAAGUGAAUAAAAUUUUCAAUUAUGCCACAA